AUGCAUUCCCGCUUCUCUCAAAAUGAAGAAGAUAGGCUAAGUUCAUAUUUGGUGACAAUUGGGUGUAUGGCAGUGUUAUUCGGGUGGUGUGCCUUCUUCAGUGGAUUAUUGAGAGCAUCGGAAAGUUCUGAUUCUCUCAAAAAUACACACGCUUUCAUACAUUCCGCGUAUUAUUAUGAAAACUCCAAAAGCCUUGGGAAAAAUGCGUUGGCUUUAGUGAUGAGUAUAAAUAAGCUGACAGCCGAGAAUAUUCUGGAUAUGAAAAUUCGAUUUUUAGCGACGAAUGAUAGACUGGAAAGGUUCCCAGUCGAAGCGACUUUGACAAGGUGAGUCAGAAAUAUUUCAUAGAAAAAACGCCCCAAAAAUAAAAUAAAUUUUUAGUGAGCACGAUUUCCGUGGGUCUUGCGAGUAUGUCACAGUUCUGGCACAGGCUAACACUAUCGAUAACAUGGAAUUAUUAGAAAUUGAGGGCAAUGAUAAAGUUAUUGAUCAGGUUUCAUUCAAAAAACCUUUGGAAACAUCACCAAGUAAGGUGGUGUUUUGUGUAGCUCCACAAUUGGCGGCUGAGAAUUGGCAAGAGUUUUUGCGGCAGGUACACGUGGCAAAGCGAUAUGGAGCGCAUUUGCAUAUUUAUGUGAUUAGUAUGGUGGAAAAGUAUUUUAGAUUGAUGAAGGAAUAUGAGAGCUUGGUGAGUUUCGAGGCAGCUAUUUAGUUAUUAACGAUGAGUUUCCAGGGCUAUAUUAGUUUGGAACCUUGGCUCACUGUGAAAUAUUCGCAUGUUCAGGAGGUAUACAUGGAAAAACCGAAUAGAAAUAUUGAGAUACUUCAGAAAACCGCAGCUUUUACUGAUUGUAUUUUGAACUACAAGGAAGCUGCGGAAUUCGUUGGAAGUAUUGAGAUGGAAGAUUUGCUGAUACCAAUUGGAUCGACUUCGUAUUACGAGGAAUUUGAGAAACAAUACGGGGGAAAUGAGUUUUAUAGCGGGCUGAUUUAUGCGAGACAGAUGUUAUUCAUCUCUCAAGAAUCGGAAAAUUCGGUCUCACUAUCGAGAAUCUUCCAAAAGACCACUCCCGGUGAUGUUAAUUCAUAUGGUAGAUCUUUUGUGAGAACAUCGAAUUAUAAUUCAACAUGGUUACAUUGGAGUCGAAAUUCUGACCGGAAAACUUAUCACAAAAAAGUUGAAGGUUGCAGAAUGUUCAACUUCAGAAAAUCCGAAACUAUUAAUCAAAAUGAGAGUGAAAUUAUUAUUGAUGAGAAAAUUCUUGGUGAAAUUGAGGGAGAACUGCAACACCAUUUGGAGUUACCGCAAAUUAAAGCGAUUCUCCCAGAACUCCCAGUCAGCGAAGUCUACACCACUAUUAUUUCAAAAUGUUUAGAGCAACUAACCUCUCGAUACUCGCCAGAAACGACUGUUUGCAUGGAUAUGUACAAAUGUGAAUUGCCAAUUCGAAGAGAUCUUCCAUGUAUACAUAGCGAUGGUCAAUACAGUUCCACGCUCCCAAUGAAACCAAUCACUUUUCAUUAUUCUAGUCACCACUUUUUCACACGACAUUUAGGUUGUAAUAUAUGA